AUGUGCAGCUCUUCGGAUAUCAUACUUGGGACAUUCAAGAGGCCAGACCUGGACACUGUGACCGACACAGACCUCAAUAUAGAUAUCAAAAAGACCUGGGCAGACCUGGACAAGGAGAUGAUUGCUGAGGGCUUCACAGCAGAAAUCCGAAUCUAUGACUCCCUGAAGACCUGGACCGGGAUAUGCGAGGAUGAUAUGGAUCUUCUGAAAAAUGUCUUUCGGAAGAAGGGUGGGCUGCAGGAUUGGAGGGUGCGAUACCCUGUCCAGUGGCUUCAAAAGGACUCGGUGAAUUGUGGGAUUUUUGUCUGCUCAGCUGCUGAGAAUGAGGUGACCAAGAUAAAUGUCCAAGAAGAGACACUGACAAUGACUCAAUGUCGGACUCUGAGGACAUAUCAUGGAGCUAAAAUGAUAAAAGAUGUCCCAGAGACAUCCUUCCCUCUCACCAAGGAUGUGUCAGAUGAAAUGGAAAGGCAAGAGAAGAAGCUGCAGAUAGCUGAAGGGAACAAAUGUGACUCCAACUGCCAUUGCAUUGCAUGGUGCAUUGGAGCCUGCACUUUUCAACGUGUGGUGGGGACAAGAAUGUUUCUCCACCAAGACGUGGAGGGCUAUAAAUGGCUACAGUGUGAAAAUUGCAGUAAAUGGAUUCAUUUCCAUUGUGCUGGAAUUGGUGAAAACUGUACGAAACAAGGCUUCAAUUGUGGCUGCACUAAAGUUGUCCAACCAAAUGUCAAGGUCAGCCUGGAAGCAACUGCGGUGGACAGCAUGUUAACUGACCAAGAAAUAAAGGAUCUGGAGCAAAAGAUCAGAGAUGGCACGCUUCUUUCCAACAGACACUAUCUCCAUAAAAACAAGGAGUUUUAUCCGGCAUUGCAAAUGAUGUACUCAUCCAACAACACAUUGUUGGAUGACUUGAAGACUUCAGAGAUGAUCAACAGGCUGAAGAACAUCCUGCCUGUAACGGGCAAAGAGCUAGAACAGCAGAUGUACCUGGAAGAUGUAAUUCUGCCAGAGGUAACAAUUCAGUGGCUGAGAAAACACUGGUCUUUGGAGACACGAGGCAGAAAGCCUCCUCUUAAAACAGGAAGAUGCACAGGUAAUACCUUUUUCUUUAUGAGAUCUAAGUAA